AUGUCAUCCGAUAAUGAGCUAUUUCGUGGACGUUUUGAUAAUGUCCCCGAUCGCAAACCUAUAUCGGUACGAAUCUUCAUUAGUUCCACAUUUGCAGAUACUAUCGAAGAACGUAAUGUAUUAAUGGAAAAUAUUUAUCCAAAAUUGCGAGAUUAUUGCCUACAGACAUAUAACAUACCAUUUCAGUAUUCUGACAUGCGUUGGGGUGUUCAAGAUCAUGCUUCAGAUGAUCAUUCAACGGUCGAUGUGUGUCUACAAGAACUAGAUCAAUGUUGUCGUCUUUCACUCGCUACUAACUGCGUGGUUCUACUCAGCCAUCGAUAUGGAUGGCGAUCAUUACCCAAUCGCAUCUCAUCAGAUCUGUUAAAUAAACUCAAAGAAAUUGUAUCUGUCGACCAACCUAGUACUCUCAUCGAUAAAGCAUAUGUUUUGGACGACAACUUUGUUGAAUCAGUUUAUGUUCUUCGACCAAUCGAUCCAGAGAAAAGAGAAGAAUGGAAAAUAAUGGAAAAAGAUUUAACUACAAUUUUACGUCGAGCUUCUGAUAUUUGUUUAGAAAAUAAAACAAUUACUCAAAGUGAACGAAAUGAAUUUCAUAUAUCUGUAACGGCUAAGGAAAUCAUUCGAGCAUUAGAAAAUAAUGCAAUUGAUCAUCAACGAAUGGUUUCAUUCUUUCGAGAGAUCGAAGAUAUUGAUCAACUUGAUACUCGUCUGAAAUCCAAAUUAGCUGAUACCGAUAAUGAAACAGAAGUAUUAUUGAAUGAGAUUAAAUCAAAUAUCCGAGAGAAACUUCCACGUGAAAAUCAAUUUACCUAUCGAGUAAACUGGAAGGAUGAUUCGCAUCGAAUCAAUUAUUUGAUCAAAUUUCAAAAUGAUUUCUACAGUGUUAUCAAACAACAAAUCGAUUAUUAUAUGACAAAAAUUCGUACAAAAGAUGUUUUGUAUGAUGAAAUUCUCGAACAUGCUAUUCAAUGUCAAAUAUUGAAUGAACGAUAUUUUCCACGAGAUGAAAUCCUUGAGAAAGUUCGAGCAUUUGUUUUGUCAGAUGGAUCACAACCAUGCAUAAUCUAUGGUAAAUUAGGUUCAGGAAAAUCAUCUAUUGUGGCUCAAAUAGCGAUUAAGGUAUUGGAAUGGUUUCCAAACUCAAGUUCAGUAUCGAUCAUUAUUCGUUUUCUUGGUGCGACGCCAUUAUCAAGUGAUAUUCGUCGACCACUAAUCUCGAUUAUUCAACAAAUUUGUACGAUCUAUCAUCUUACGCUAAUGACACCUGUUCAAGAUUCUACAAGAAUUGAAGAACUAAAAGAAAUAUUGCAGAAUCUCUUCACUCAAAUUCCUAUCAAUGAAAAAUUAAUUCUUCUUUUUGAUUCGAUCGAUCAAUUACAAGUCAAAGAUUAUAAUUGUGAAAAAUGGCUUCCAAUCUAUUAUCCAGUGAAUAUUAAAUGUAUUCUAUCUACAAUACCAAUGAUUGUUGAAGGUAGUGGAGAACAAAAAGUCGAAUAUAAAAUUCUUGACGGAUUGAUAUCUCUCUUCACUGAUAGUAUUCUCAUUGAGAUCAAAGAAUUCGAUAGAGAUCAAGCACAGAAAGUCAUCUCUUCAUGGUUAGGACGUGAUCGUCGACGUCUUUCAACAACUCAAAUGACUUGGCUACAGACAAAACUCGAGGCGCAUAUUUCGAAUCGACAUGAUCCAGAACCUACACCAUUAUUUCUUUCAUUGAUCUAUCAAAUAACCCAGUCAUGGCAUUCAUUUACUAACAAGUCUGAUCGUGAUUUUCUUCGAAUACAAACUACACAAGAUGCCAUUAGUUAUUUGUAUAAUCAAUUAUCUAGAAAACAUGGAGAAAUUUUAUUUAAACGAGCGAUGACAUAUUUGAGAUUAUCAGGUGGUCUCAGUGAAUCCGAACUAGAAGAUAUUCUCAGUACUGAUGAUCAAGUUUUGCAAUCAGUUUUUACUCAUUAUCUUCCUCCAACGAAUAUAUUUCGAUUACCAAGUACUCUAUGGAUUCGUAUUCGUAACGAUAUGCACAAAUAUCUCAUUGAAAAAGAAAUCGAUAAUACACUAAUUAUUUACUUUUAUCAUCGUAGUUUUCAACAACAAUCGAUACUUAAUAUUAAUCAAGAAAAGUCUAUUGAAACUAUUCGUUGUGCUUAUUUCGCUGGUCCUAUUGGCAAUUUUCCAAAUUUAUCUGAUCAAUUAUUUAAAAUUCAAUCGAAAAGUUUAAUCAAGAAGAUGGAUGGCGCUACAUCAUUGGUUGUUAAUCGAUGUCUAACAAAACAGCGACCGUAUAUUUUAAAUGAAAAUCGAGAAGAAUCUAUAUUUAAUAUGCGACGACUUAAUCAACUUUGCUUAAAUUUAGAUAUCUGUCGACUUGAACCAUGUUUUCUCUAUGAUUAUAAUUUUAUGUGGACUUUUCUUCAUUGUUAUAAAAUGAGCGAUCGAUUCGGAGCUGAUUCUUCGUAUUCCGAAAUUCGGUUUCUCCUAACACAAUACAAAAGUUGUUCUACCAUUGUCAAUAAAUAUCCAGAAAAUUUCGCCUUUGAAAUUCUAUCUCGUCUAACAUCUUUUAUCGAUAUACUUCCCGAUUUUACCUAUCAUUUAUUUCAAGAAUGUCAAAAUAAUUGUAUGUUUCGCAUUUUGGACAAUGGUAAUACACGAGUAUUGAAUACAAUGAUGAAUACAUAUAAAACAGGCAUCAUUAAUGCUAUGUCUUUAGGUUAUAGUACUCUUUAUGUAUUACUACAAGAAAAAGUUCUUGUUUUUCGAUUUUAUCCACAAGAUUGGCUUGGAAAAAUCUUUGAAUAUAAAUUACCGUCGAAUCAAUUUACUUCGAUUAAGUUUGGUACUACAAAUAUAUGUUUCUAUUCAUGCCAAUCAAUUUUAAUUUUUCAAAAAUUUGAUCAUCAAUUUGUACUUCAAUUAAAUUUCAAUCAUAUUAUACAUGUUGAUUUUUUUUACAUGGAAGGAUUACUUGUCUGUACGAAAGAUAAUCAAUCGAUUGAUAUAUGGCAUUGUGUAAAUAAAACAUUGAUUGAACGAUAUUUAUUUGAUGUUCCUAUUGUAGAAUGUUCAACUAUUGAACGAUAUAUGGGCGUAACCAUUAGAGUGACACUUGAAAAUGGUUUAAUACAUUAUUUAAUUGCUAGAGAUAAUCAAGGAAAAGUUUGUUUUCAAAUUAUUGCAACAUUAACUCAAAAAUUGGCUGAUCGAAAUAUAUUUCUAAAUUUCAAUACUGAUGUUUAUUAUUGUGAGAAUCAGUCAUAUAUUUAUUUGUACCAUUUCGAACGUCCUGAAAAUGAUCGUCUUGAAAAAAUCGACAACUUACCUUUAUUAAAUAGUACGAUCAAUCGUCAAAGUUUCUUCACCGAUCGACACGAAAGUGCAUUGAUCUGGUUAGCUAAUGGUUCUGUUGUUGUUUUUCACUCUUGUGGUCAAUAUUUUCUUAUUCCUGGUGAAUAUCAUGAACUAUAUACGAAAUGUCAAGCAAAACGAAAUUUUAUUUGUUGUCUCAAUCGAAAUCAAUCAAGAAUUGAUAUUUACGAAUGGAAACUUCAUGAAUCUGUUCAUACAUACCGUUUACUUGCUAAGCUACAACUUAAUGAACAAAUUUUUCAUUGGGCAUGCCAGAUAGAUGCAGAAUGGGGUUUCAUUAUCUAUUGCACAUUCGCUAAUGGAGAAUUACGUAAGUACAAUGUAACAAUGAUGACCUAUCUGCCUGCUAAGACAAGAUUACAAAUUUCGAUUGAUCGCUUCGAAGUUCAAGGUGAUUUUGUUAUUGCAUUAGACAAAACAAAAUGUAUUUUGAAUGUUUUCACGUUUGAUAAACGAUUAUCUCUUGUCAAACAAAUACAAAUGCCUUUUAUGAUUACACAAUUAGCUAUGAACACAUCCUAUUUACUUGUAUUGAAUUCCAACAAUACUCUGUUUAUUUAUUCGAUUAGUUCAACACCAGUACUUUUCUUUCAAACAGAUGAAUUCCAAUAUCAUCCUGUCAAAGUAUACUCGAUUGGCUUAUUAUUCUUCAUCAUUGACGCUGAGACCAAUCUACUCUUUCAAAUCGAUACAGAACAUUCAUUCAAGCUACAAAAUCUUUCACAUUUCAAUUUCUCCUGUCAUUCCCUAUUAAGUACCAUCAGUGUUGAUCGAAAGAAAUUAUUUAUUUUAGCGGAUGAUUAUUCUGUAUUGGCUAUGUGGAAUGCUGAGAAGAAAGCUAUGGAAUUGAUUUCCAUUUCGCUCGAUAAUAACAUUAAAAUAAGAAAAAUAUCUGCGCUGCAAAGUGUUUUGGUUUUCUACGAUAAUAAUCAGCAAGUUUAUUGGUGGAAUAUUGAGCGUCAACAGAUCAUUCGUACUCUUCAUUAUGAUCCGUGCAAAACAAAUGCCAAUUGUCGAACCCAUGAAGAGCAUACUGAUAAUAAUGAUAAAUAUUUGACAGAAGAUGGUAAAUAUCUUUUUGAAAUAUCUCAGAAAGAGUCCUUACUAUUAAUGUAUCGUGUUGAUGAUAGCCAACUUCUGGAAAAACUUUUCAUUGAUAGUCUUUUGCCACAUAUUGAAGUUUUCAAAGAUCGUCUAAUUCUCUGUUCCGAUAAUGAACUUAUUUUAUUAUGCAUUAACGAAAGAGAUUCAUCACCAUUGAUACGGUAA